UUUCAAAAGAAGAGGAAGUCAAAUGUUAGACGGCUUCCAGUACAACACUAAAACACAAAGAUUAUUAAAGUUCCAGAAACGAAUGAAAGAAAGCAUCUGUGAAGUCUUUAGGAUAAACGGAACGUGGACCGAUAUGGUUUCUUAGACUUGCAGUGAACUCUAUUAGGACAUCGUACACUGUCUCAACUCAUUCUGAGAGACGAGGCUUUACCUUCAAGAUGGACCUUUGCUCGGAGGAAGUGAGUUUGUUUUUGGCAGAGUGAAAGUACGAGACACAUCAUGCCUUACCUUGCACACACGUCCCACACUCAGUUUUUGGGGCUCUGGCUCGGUACAAUUGGUUGGAUUCUCAUCAUAGUGACCAUCGGACUGGUGGAAUGGAGGAUUUGGGAAGUGUCCGAUCUGUCGGUCAUCACCUCCGGUUUGGCUUGGGUCGGCAUCUGGAGAGUGUGUUUUUACAGUCACGCUCCGAUCUUAUCCGGAAGAGAAAUUAUGUUUUGCCAAAGAAUCCAUUUGACAGAAUCGUUCACGCCACCUGAGAUAGUUGCGGCCCAGGUCCUCAUGAUAGUGUCUUUGAUUUUUGGGCUUAUGGGUAAUGCCAGCGCUAUAUAUGGCCUCAGGAAUAUUUACUUCGGACUGAGCAAGUUCAAACCCAUCAGAAUUGCUUUUUGUUCCAGUGGUGUUUUGUAUAUUCUCACUGGAGUUACAACAAUGGUUCCCAUUUUUUGGAAUCUCAGUUCUGUUGUGAACAACCAGACAAUAGUUUUCCCUCAAUCAUUUCACAUGCCUUCUGCUCCCAUAAACCAAUACGUUGGACCAGGUAUCACUGUUGGUAUUUUCGCAUCAUCAAUGGUGGUUUGUAGCGGGUUGGUCUUCCUGUCGUACAGGGUCCCAGUUGUGUUGGAGCCCGAAGUACGUCCGUCCUGGCCUGGGGAAGGAUGCUCGGGAAACAGAAGCCAGGGAAUAAACAAUCCAGCUUUCUUAACUCAAGAGAACAUCUGAAUAACUGCAAACUAAUUAGUGGUGUUUGAUAUUUCUUAUACUUUAUCUUAGGGUCUAAAAUGUGAACUUUGACUUGUUAAUUGUUUGUGCUACGGUCAUGAAUGAAUUGCGAGGUGUGCUACAUUUGUACCUGGCAGACAUUGAAAUUGAAGAAAUAAUCCUGUAGACCUACAUUAAAAGAGGGUCAUAUGUAGAUACCAGAAUAUCAUAAAGACUUGAGCCAGCAAACAAUCACCUAGUGACACCCAGAACACCACAGCAAUGCCACUCAGACUGCCUUAGCAACCAUAUACUGUAGCAAUGUUUCAGCAACCACCAAAUGACACCCGAAUAUUAUGGUGGCAACUUUUGCAUGUUGGAAGCACUACUUCCAUUUUCUUUAGAAAAUUUAAAAAUCAAAUGUGUUAACUGAUGUUUGUGCAGUUUGGAGAAAUGCUGAUAUAGCUCUAAGGCCUCGUCCACACUAAUAUGUUUUUAGCUGAAACUUGUUGUUUCCGAACAUCAUCGUUUUCAGCCUUAUCUCAUGAAAAUUACAUGACUGCGACGACAUUUUUGCAAACAAGCAUUACGUGGUUUAUUUCACGUUUCACGGCUCUUUCGGGGUUUAACGUUUACUGUCUGGUGCUAAAAGCGAGUUAAAAUUUCUCCUAAACAGGGGGUGCACUUUCCAAAACCAUUCUUAGUCAACUAUGGUCGCAAUUUCCAUCGUUACCAAAAUAGUUCAAUGAUUUGAUGUUUCCUGAAACGAACAUCGCAAACAGCCUUGCAAAGUGGCGUGGUUUGAACUACAGCUCUUUACCUAUAGUUAGAAACAUAGUUUCUUGUUAGUUCACUCUGUGGACAUCAUUUGACAUCGCUGAUGCUUCUAUGUAUCUUUUAUUCCAUAUAUAUAUAUAUAUAUAUAUAUAUAUAUAUAUAUAUAUAUAUUAUUCUGUCAAGACUUGGACAACAUUUACAUGGAUUUAUAAAACAAUUUAUUCUGGGGUUUUGCUAAAAGUGGAAUUCUGAAACGUCAAAUCAACUCGAAUGCAGCCGUUGAAGGAAUUAAGAGAAAGCGCUUUAUCACACAUGGUUUCUGUCAGAGAUCACAGCUUUUAUGUGUUUAUUUUAUUUUAUAUGCUUUUUCUAUCAGGAAGACUUGCAGACUUGAGUGAGAUUUAAGAUACAUUUAUUUGAUGAAUAUAAAACAGAAAUGUGAUGUCUCUCUUUGGCGUAGGCCCCGUCUGGCGGACCGAAAAAGUUGAACUCGGAACCGUCAUAUCCUCCCGGAGAUUGGAGGCAGGGGCGAGAAGCCUACCCCCAUGCAGGACGGGACUCAACAUGGGGUGGUGGAGGUUGCGGUGUUAGCUCACUGAAACAGCAAUGUGAUAGAUUGUGAGCAGACUUAUAAAGCAACGGCUUACAUGUGAUUAGCUGGGAGUUACCCCGCUAAUGGUGCGAUGAUGUACAGCUGCUAGUAUUCACACUAGAACUACGCUGCGCUUACAUUGAAGCAUGCGCAUGUGGUCAAGGGUGUCGGGGGAACACCGAAGUCUAAUUAACAGGGAAACACACUAUAUAUCUGUCGCUUUACACAAUGCUGCUUUGUGUCUUCAGCAGCGUUCUCACAUCAAACGCCUUUCUGGUGUACAUGUAAAUUAUAAUUUAAUAUUUGCGGAAGUUAUUCCACACCUCAGAUGAGGUUUUUAGGUUAACAGUCUAUUAAUUUUAAGCCAACAAUACUGACCUCCCUACCCUAAACCUAAACCGAACCGAUAGUGUCAGAAAAAGCAAAUGUGAUAAACACAUCCACAUCAUUUUAUGGUGCUUCUACGACACUUUGGGCUCAACAAGAUUGUAAAUGUAGUUGUGAUACAAACGUUAAAAUGUAGCACUUUACAAGACAGGUGUUAAUUAACUGAUAAUCUGCUGUUUUACUUGCGAUAGGCCUAUGUGUAAAAAAUGUAUAAAAGUCAUUGCUGUUAUAGCGUACAAUGAGCCACAUAAAAAUCAUUUAGCAAAAAUGUAGGUAUUGUAACGUGAUUCUGUGGGACCAGGUUGAAAAUUUUCAAAGUAUUGUACUAGAGAGCGUUUUCAAAAGUCCAGGAAAAUACUGCUCUAGUGUGGACGUAAACAGCUAAAUCAAUGUGUUUUCAACCAGAAAUUCAUUAGUGUGGACGUGGCCUAUGAAAUACAUUACUGAUCAAUGGUUUUGAUUGGACUGCUGUUCUCUAUGAGUAUGCUGUGUGUAUAUUUUGUGUUGUGCUGUGUCUGUAAUAAGUGUGUGUUUCUUUAUAGGAUGCAUGUGAGUAUGUGAUGUGCUCUGUCUAGGAGAUGGUCAGUAAUUAGUAUUCUGUGUUCAUCUGAAGCGGCUGGAGGACAUUUAUGUAACACUAGCAUAACAAUUACUGUGAAAUAAGAUCACCGAAAUCUAAUUUAACCUGAAAAUAAGAAAAGAAGAAAAAAAAGAGUGCAAAUACCUGACUGUUUACAUUCAUUGUAUUUUAAAUGCAUUUAUAUUUUUCCACUUUCCAUUUUUCAUUUUAUUUCACUUUAAUUGAAAUGUUGUUGUGGCUAAUUGAUUUGAAUGCUAAAGAGGGUUUUGUCUCCCUUAAGACUAAAUUAAAACCAAAUUA